CAGUCGCCGGACACCGCAUCGAGUGAGCCGCGAGGACCAUAGAACGCUACCAGAAAAUUCUGGGAGACCGUUCCCUAGCAAGAAGAAGAAAUCGACUUCGGCACCUGGGCGGCUGCCGGCUGGGCACCUAGCGCAGAGCGGUAGAGCCACUUGAGGUCGUUUUGGUCGACGGCGUCCUUGAGCAGUUGAGCGGGCCGCAGCAGCCAGCAGGUAUCCGACGACGUCCCUUCAUGUACGGCGAUCGGCGAGCACGGGAUCAGCUUCUCCGCGUAGUUUGGGGCCGGCCUCCAGUGAGUAGAGCGCCAGGCGCUGCUCGAUUCUUUCACCCGUUCUUUGAUCCAGCUAGGUGCCUAGGUAAAAGAAUGAAUUACAUAAUUAGGUAAUUACCAUUUACCAGCCGUCAAUUGUGUUUAUUUAGGGCAUUGUUAUUAUGUAAUUUUGCAUCUACUUAAUUUCAACCUAGAUGAAGAGAAAAUUCAAGACAAUUGAUUGUUUUUUCCAACGUGAUAAUCCUAGAGUUACUCCUGUCGAAAGUCCUAACCUAACCAAUGUGCAAGAUUCAGAUCCAAUUAAUUUGCAUACUGAGGCAACUGAGCUAAAUCAACAAGAGACUUUAGCCACGACAUUUGAGAGAGACCCAGGUAAACGUGUUCAAAUUUUGAGGCUACCUUUUGAUCAACAAGAUGAAGCUCGGAGAUUUUAUAUAUCUGAGGACCCAUAUCAAGUUAUAUUAGAUGAGUACCCAUUGAAUGAUGCAUCUCAUGCUCGUCGGUUCCAGAGCAAUUGGUUUAAACAAUUUAGUUGGCUAGAGUAUUCACCUCAUACAGAUCGUGCUUAUUGUCUCCCAUGUUUUCUUUUUUCAAAGAAACCAAUUGGAAAGUAUGGAUUAGAUACAUUCACAGUCAAGGGGUUUAACAAUUGGAAAAAGGUUAAUGAAGGAAAGGAAUGUGCUUUUCUAAAACACAUGGCAAAUUCUGGUUCUGCCCAUAACUAUUCUGUUGGCUGUUUCAAUAAUCUGAAAAAUAGUAUGGCUCAUAUUGGCAAGGUGAUGGUUAAAGAAAAUGAGAAAUUAGUUGCAGAAGCAAGACUAAGGCUUACGACUACCAUCAAUUCCAUUAGGUGGCUAACAUUUCAAGGUUGUCCAUUUAGAGGCCAUGAUGAAUCUCAGAAUUCAUUAAAUCAAGGUAAUUUUCUUGAAAUGGUCAAGCUUUUGGCUUCAUAUAACAAGGAGGUGAAAGGAGUUGUGUUAGAAAAUGCUCCAAGAAAUUCCAAAUACACUUCAUCUGAUGUCCAGAAGGAAAUUCUAAGCAUUGUUGCACGGAAAGUGCAAAAAUUAAUAAGAGAAGAAAUUGGCAGUAGCAAGUUUUGCAUCAUGGUUGAUGAAGCUCGAGAUGAAUCUAAAAAGGAGCAAAUGACAAUAGUCAUCCGUUUUGUCAACAAAGAAGGACUUAUCAAGGAACGUUUUCUUGACCUCGUUCAUGUGAAGGAUACUACUGCAUUGACUCUUAAGAACUCAAUUUGUGCUGUCUUAACUGCUAAUAGGUUGAGUAUAGAAGACAUCAGAGGCCAAGGUUAUGAUGGUGCAAGUAAUAUGAGAGGGGAAUGGAAUGGAUUGAAGGCUCUAAUUCUAAACGAGUGUCCAUAUGCAUAUUACAUUCAUUGCAUGGCUCAUCAACUGCAAUUGGCUCUAGUGGCAACAUCAAGGGAAGUGCAAGAGGUACACAACUUCUUUCAGCAUGCAACUUUCAUCAUAAAUGUUGUUAGUUCAUCUACUAAGCGCAAUGAUGAGUUACUAGCUGCACAAGCUGAAGAAAUAGCUCAUGAAUUGAAUUGGGAGAGCUUGACACUAGACAAGGUGCAAAUCAGGUGAGCUCUCUACAGAGGCCAGGGGACACUAGAUGGAGUUCCCAUUACAAGUCAAUUCAAAGCUUAAAGAAGAUGUUUAGCGCCACAAUUUCAGUCCUACGUAGUAUUGCAAAUGAUCGUUCAGUUUCAAAGUAUUCUCGUGGUGAUGUUGCAGGUGCACUACAAAUUAUUAUCAAAUUUGAUUUUGUGUUUAUUUUGCUCAUGAUGGAAAAGAUUAUGAAGAUUACUGAUGUGCUAUGUCAAACACUCCAAAAGAAGUCAAUUGAUAUUUUAAAUGCGCUAGAUUCAGUUUCCAAUACUAAAGUAUUACUUGGUAACUUGCGAAACGAUGGUUGGGAUCCUCUUCUUCAGGAGGUCAAUUACUUUUGUGAAAAGAAUGACAUCGAUAUUUUGGAUCUGAAUCACAAGUUUGUUGAUGUGACCAAAUCUCGAAAUAAGAAUGAUAACACCGGUUUUCAUCAUUAUAAAUUUGAUGUGUUUAAUGUUGCAAUUGAUCAACAACUGAAUGAGAUAGAAGAUCGAUUUGGUGGCCAAGCGACAGACCUUUUAUCACUUUGUGCUUCCUUGAAUCCAAUACUUGGCUCUUUUGACAUAGAAAAGAGAGAGCCUUUUCAGCUAUGAAAUUUGUGAAGACACGUAUUCGAAGCAAAAUGGGAGAUGCCUAUUUACGAGAUUAUCUGGUCGUUUAUAUUGAAAGGGAAUUAGCGACAAUGAUUAGUUCUGAUGAUAUUAUCAAGGCCUAUGAUCUAGCUAAUACACGCAGAGCUCAAUUCAAAAUAACUGAGAUGUAAUUUUAUUUUGUUUGACAAAAUAGAUGCUAUUUUAUUAUACUGUUUUUGUAAUGAAAAUUAUAUAUCAAUAUAUGCAUUAUGGUUGGUUCUCUUGUCA